AUGCCCCCACCCCCCCCCCCCCGGGGGUGGGGAGGAGGCCUCGCGGGCUCGCUGCACCGCGUGGACCCCGCCGCCCGCCCAGCCGUCUUGGCACGCGCUGUGCGAGACGCGAGCUCAGGGCUGGCGGUGCACUUGUGCGGCGUCAGCCACGUCGACCCAGCCUCCGCCACCGCCGUGCGCGCCUACGCGGAGGCGCUCGCCGCGGCUCCGGGCGGUCUGGGCGCCGUGGCGGUUGAGGAUGAGCCUCGUGCCCUGCUGCUGACGCGGGCCGCCCGCGCGGCGUUGCACGGGCUGCCGCCGGAGCGGAUCCGCGCCGAGGGCGAGGGCCUCGUGCGGCACGCCCUCUUCGGGCUGGCCGAGGUGCACGCGUGGGCAGCCGAGGCUGGUGCGACGCUCGACGGUGCGGAGCGGGCCGAGGCGGCCGAGGCGGCCGAGGAGCUCGGGGCGAGGGUGGCGUGCCUCGGCGGCACGCCGGCGCCGCCGCCGCACGUGCCGCUUUUGACGCGGCGCGGCGCGCCUCACGGCCUCACCGUACACCCACGGGCUGUGAGGCGUCGGGCGGCCGUUAGGCUCGCGUACUGGCUGCGGGUCCGCGCGCUCGAUCCGGGGCACGACGAGCGUUCGCCCGCCGAGCUGCACGUCGUCGCCUCCAACCGUGCCCUCGCCGAGGCGUUCUUCCGCGCCUCGCCGCCAGUUGCGCCGAGCGCCCACGAGGCGGUCCUGCUGCGGAAAGACGCGCACUUUGCCGCCGCGCUGCGGACGGUGUGCGCAGACGCUGCUCGUGCCGGCGGGGAGCCGCCGCCCGCAGUCCUCGCGGUGGUCGGGGCGACGCACGUCGAGGGCAUCGCAGAGCGGCUGCAGGCCGGAGACGGGACGCCCCGAAACUCGGUACCACUGCUUCUCGUCUGCAGCGUGAGCGCCAAUGUCAUCAUCAACGAGGUGAGCGAUAAGGGCACCCUCGGAACCUGCGACGGCGCCGAUUGGGUCGAGCUAGUCAACGUGGGAGCUGAUGUUGUGGACCUCGAUGGGUGGAUGCUGUGCGAUUCGGGUGGGUGCCAAGACAAUGUCAACGGCACCAUCGCCAUGGCUGGCACUAUUGCACCCGGCGAGUACCGCUUAGUCUGCCCGCAAGCGCAACCCAAAUGGGUUGGCGACUCGGACACCAUCUCGCUGGUCGACGAGCACGCCCUAGAGGCGGACAUCACCACGCUCGGAGGGGACGGGGAGUUCGGAAAGUCUUGGGCGCGGUGGCCUGACUCGACAGGGCCGUUUCGAUACACCUACGUCCCGACGCCAGGCGCUCCGUAUGCCGACAGCGUCAUCAUCAACGAGGUCAGCGAUAAGGGCACACUUGGAGCUUGUGACGGCCAAGACUGGGUGGAGCUAGUCAACGUGGGAGCCGAGGAGGUGGACCUCGAUGGUUGGAGUUUGUGCGAUUCUGACGGGUGCGCGGACAACGAUACUAUCGCCCUAUCGGCCAUGGUUGUCGCACCGAGCGGGUAUCUCUUGGUCUGCCCACAGGCUCGGGGCUGGAUGCACAGGAAGUGGAUCAGCGACUCAGACACCAUCACCCUCAUCAACGCUCAGGGGAUGCAAGCCGACGCGACGAUGCUCGGGGGGGACGGCGAGUUUGAAAAGACCUGGGCGCGUUGGCCCGACUCGACAGGUUCAUUCCGGUACACCUUUCAUCCAACGCCGGGCGCUCCGUAUGCCAAGAGCGUCAUCAUCAACGAGGUGAGCGAUAAGGGCACCCUCGGAACCUGCGACGGCGCCGAUUGGGUCGAGCUAGUCAACGUGGGAGCUGAUGUUGUGGACCUCGAUGGGUGGAUGCUGUGCGAUUCGGGUGGGUGCCAAGACAAUGUCAACGGCACCAUCGCCAUGGCUGGCACUAUUGCACCCGGCGAGUACCGCUUAGUCUGCCCGCAAGCGCAACCCAAAUGGGUUGGCGACUCGGACACCAUCUCGCUGGUCGACGAGCACGCCCUAGAGGCGGACAUCACCACGCUCGGAGGGGACGGGGAGUUCGGAAAGUCUUGGGCCCGGUGGCCUGACUCGACAGGGCCGUUUCGAUACACCUACGUCCCGACGCCAGGCGCUCCGUAUGCCGAGGCUGUCGAGACGCUGCAGGUCAACGAGGUGGCGGACAAGGGCGACCCGACUGAUCCCUGCGAUGGCGCUGACUGGGUGGAGCUGCGCAAUCCGACCCACGGCGCGCUACCACUGAGCGGGCUUCUGCUCAGCGACGACAAGGGGCCGCACAAUGAAAAAGCACUCGCCCUCGGUGGGCCUGGCUGCCCUUUUUCACUGGGCACUGGAGAGCUGCUGCUGCUAUGCCGGAACGGCAAUGCGAGCAUGGGGGGAGCGAAUUACGCCGGGUGCGGCUUCGCGUUUGGAAUCGGUAAGAACGACGUCGUCAGCUUGCACCAGAUUGAUGCAGCUGCAGACCGCGUCGUGCUGGUGGACGAGGCGGUGGGAUGUUGCGCGGGCGACGCAAACCUCAGCUAUGGGAGACCACCGCGGGGUGGCGCCUUUUCCAUCCUGCCGUGGCGCACACCGGGCACUGCAAACGCGGUGGCGGCGCGCCAGCCGAGCCCACGGGUGACGCCGCCGUCAGUAUUGCGUCCGUUGUCCCUAUCCUUGUCCUCUCCAUUUCCAUCGAGCGUCGUGUCGUUUGAGGAAGGAUCAGGCGCGGGAUUUGGCAAAGACCGCUUCCCAGAGGUCGUUUUGGGUCCUCCGCAGGGCGCUGGGAACGCGGGUUCCUUGGAUGUGCUGAGCCUCGGCGAGGCGGGCGAGGUCGUUUUGAGGUUUGAUGGCAUCGAGCUAGUGGAUGGCGAUGGGCCGGACCUCCUCGUGUUUGAGAAUCCUUUCACGAAUUGGUAUGAGACUGGUGUUGUGGCUGUCAGCGCGGACGGCAUGACGUGGUUUGAGUGGAAUUGCGACCCGGAGGACGCCACAAGCCUCUACCCAGGCUGUGCGGGCGUAGGGCUGGUCUGGUCCAACCCGGACAAUGGUAUCGAUCCGACCGACCCGGAGUCAGCGGGGGGAGACGCCUUUGACCUCGCCGACCUGGAUAUACCCCCUGCGCACCUCGCUGAUCUGGGUGUCAGGGGAUUCAGGUACGUCAGAAUCCGGGACUCGGGGCGCAACAGCUAUGGAGGAAUCUCCGGAGGCUUUGACUUGGACGCCAUCGCUGCAGUGAACGGAGAGCCGUUGCCCGCCGUCAGCACAGCUCUCGAGCCCGUCGCGGAGCAAAUUAUGCGGUCUGACUGUGACCCGGCUCCCGAUUUAGACGGGGACGGGGCCUUCCGGCUCGCUGAUGCGGUUUACGUCGCUGAGGUGUGGUCGGGGUCCAAGCAAUGGAGCAGAGGCGCCAUGCCCUGCGGCGAUCCUGCGGGCGACUUCGACGGGGACGGGGCGUUUCGCCUCGCAGACGCCGUAUACCUGGCAGAGGUUUGGGCGGGAAAGAAGGUCUUGGGGCCGACGAGCGAUCACCGCCUCUUGAUAGCGUGGAAGAUCCCGAUGGAAAUCACCGAGCAUGAGGUGACCGCGGGGACGACGGUGGCGUUCGAAUGGCAGAACUACCACAACGUGAUGUUGCUCAGCACGCAGGCCGAGUACGACGCGUGCAGCCGCACCGGCGAGAUUGUGGCCGGGACGGAGGCGCCGCAAAACCAAAAGGUGAAGAUUGUGGUGAAGUAA